AAUCCUCCUCGUGUCGUCGACGACUGUAUUGCGGACGUGGCGGCCGAAGAGAACGAGAAAAUCGUGAAACAACUCGGCCAUAGAGAGCCUAGAAAGCUCUAAAAACAGCGAACGGAAGCCAAAAUGGUUCUCCUCGCUGCCGCAAUAUGUACAAAAAAUGGAAAAGCCAUCAUUUCCCGGCAGUUUGUGGAGAUGACAAGAUCUAGGAUAGAAGGUCUCCUCUCCGCCUUCCCCAAGCUCAUGACGUCAGGAAGCAGUGUCAAACAGCACACGUUUGUUGAGACUGAAAGUGUUCGAUAUGUUUACCAACCACUAGAAAAACUCUACAUGUUGUUGAUCACAACUAAACACAGUAAUAUCUUGGAAGACCUGGAAACUCUCAGAUUAUUCUCUAGAGUGAUCCCAGAGUACUGUCGAGCCAUGGAGGAGAGCGAGAUAGGAGAGCAUGCAUUUGAGUUGAUAUUCGCUUUUGAUGAGAUUGUUGCUCUUGGUUACCGUGAGAAUGUCAACCUAGCACAGAUAAGGACAUUUACCGAGAUGGACAGUCAUGAAGAGAAGGUCUUCCAGGCAGUCAGACAGACCCAAGAACGCGAAGCUAAAGAAGAGAUGAAGAAGAGGGCUAAGGAACUACAAGCUGCUAAAGUGGCAGCUGCAAAGGGACGUGGUGGCAGGGUGGCCAUGCCUGGUUUUGGUGGGAUGGGAUCCAGCUCAACGAAAUCAGAUAUCUCUUCAGGAAACAUGGACACAGUACCCAUUAUUGAUCCAACACCAGCACCAAAACCUUCCUACCCUUCACGACCUGCUGGAAGUGGCAAGGCCAUGAAGCUAGGUAGCAAGUCUAAAGAUGUUGAUUCUUUUGUUGACAAGCUGAGAUCUGAAGGAACAGAAGUCAUCAGUCACAAACAGAAAUCUCUCGCUCAGAAGCCGGCAGCAGCUCCAGUAGUAAACCAGUCCAGUGUUCACCUCAAGACAGAAGAGAAGAUCACACUCACUGCAGGCAGAGAUGGUGGAUUGCAAAACAUGGAGAUCCGCGGCAUUGUUCUACUUAGAAUCUCUGACAGCCAGUUUGCACAAAUCAAGCUUGCUGUGGAGAAUAAUGAUGAUAAAGGCUUUCAGAUACAGACUCACCCCAAUGUAGACAAGAAAUCGUUUGCCCAAGACAAUAUCCUUGUGCUGAAGCAAGCAGGAAAAUCCUUUCCCACCAACUCUGAUAUCGGUCUACUUAGGUGGAGAAUGCAGACAACCGAUGAGAGCUUGAUGCCUUUAUCAAUAAACUGCUGGCCUUCAGAAAAUGAUGGUCAGUGUGAUGUUAACAUUGAAUAUGAGCUCUUGGUGGAUGGUCUGGAACUAAAUGAUGUUGUCAUCACUAUACCUGUGCCGCAUGGCGUCGGUGGUCCAGUCGUUGGCGAAAUUGAUGGCGAGUAUCACUACAACCACAAGCAGUCGACGCUUGAUUGGCAGGUGCCAGUCAUUGAUGCAAGUAACAAGAGUGGCAGCAUGGAGUUCAGUAUUGCAGGGCAACCUGGCGACUUCUUCCCAGUUACCGUCUCAUUCUUCUCUUCAAAAACAUAUUGUGAUUUAAAGAUUAUCAGUGUUUCCCAGGUGCAAGGUGGAGAACCAGUCAAAUUUUCCCAAGAAGUACAAUUUACUGUGGAUAAAUAUGAAUUCGUAUAGAAAUUACUACAUGUUAUCGAAUAAACUGACUUAUAGGCAAUUCAUAUUUUACAAAGCAAGCAGACAAGAGUGUUACCAGAGGAAGAGAAAUAGAGAUCAACGAUAUGUGCAUGGCAUACAUAGAUUGGUUUAUGAUCCAGCUCAUACCUGCUGCAUAUAGCAGGCCAUCCAUGACAAAUCAAAUAUCAAAAUCGAUCUGGUAUAUGAAAUGAAACGGAAGCAGAGCAGACAUGUAUACAGGAUUCGCUGCAUUGGGUGCACAGUCAUAGGUGUCAUAUGGAAAGGUAGUUCGGUGAUCUUUCAAAAAGAAAUGACCCACUUUUUGGUGGCCAAGGGGGGGCAGGCAUCCUGUGCACCCCCCUGUGUAUGCGCUUUCAAAACACAUCAAUAUUACUUACUGCAAUAUCUUAAUACUAAAAGAAAGAAUUAUAAAGUAGUUUAUCAUCAUUCUUGGAAUUAUGUUUUUUUAAAGCCUCACACUAUUGUAUUUAUACUGUAAAUUGAGCUCUUCAAGGGGGAACACUGCCAGAAGAGUAUGGAUGCUAUAAGUGUUAUGAUCAAAAUAAAAAUGUUUGUAGGUCUUUAGGCUGUUACUGUAGAUGAGCUAAUGUGAUUGUAACUGAUUAGUAAAUUUUAAAGAACUCUGGACGUUCAUUA